CACCCUUCGGGCAUGACUCACAGCAACGCACAUAUGUUUCCGGUUGCAAAAGGAAAAAAAAAUAUGCAGAGGCGCAGUUCAUUGCCCUGGGACAUAAUGUUUGAACUAGCAAGUGUGGGUAUGUGUACGUGUGUCAGUGGCAGAUAAAGCACACAGCAGACUGUCUGUCAGCUCCCAAGUUCUUGAGUUGUAGAAGAGAGCACACUCUCUGAUCAUAAGUAUGAGGCUCCGUGUCCGGACUGGAGCUCGCUGGCUCCUACCUGUCCUGGUUCUUCUGACUGCCCACCAGGUCAAAGCAAACCAGCCUCAGCCUAAGGAGAGACAUUACUACAUUGCUGCUGUGGAGAUAGAUUGGAAAUACUCUGGCAACGACACAGACGGGUCUGGUCCCACCUAUAAGAAAGUGGUCUUUCGAGAAUAUGAGAAAGGCUUCAGACAGGCUAAGACUCAUCCAUCAUGGUUAGGUCUCCUUGGUCCCACACUGAGGGCAGAAGAAGGGGAGACGAUUGUUGUAACUUUCAGAAACAUGGCCACCAGCCCGUAUAGCAUCAGCCCACACGGUGUGGCUUAUGGGAAACAGUCUGAGGGAGCCUACUACUUUGACAACACAUCACAAAAAGAGAAAGAGGACGACAAAGUACUUCCAAACAGUGAGCACGUUUACUACUGGGAGGUGACAUCAGAUGUAUCUCCUCAGAAAAAUGACCCCACCUGUCUUACCUACACCUACAUCUCCCAUCAAAAUGUGGUCAAAGACUACAACUCUGGCCUCAUUGGCACUUUGCUCAUCUGCAAGCAAGGCAGUCUAGAUGAAUCAGGGCAGCAGGCUGGCAUCCACCACGAGUAUGUAUUUCUUUUCGGGGUUUUUGAUGAGAACAAGAGCAAAUACGAACCUAGCGGCUAUACCUCAGACAACCAUGUGAAAUAUACUAUCAAUGGAUAUACAAACGGAUCUCUGCCAGAUGUCAGCAUGUGCGCCUAUGCCCCUGUGAGUGUACAUCUGGUGGGUAUGAGCUCAGAGCCAGAGGUAUUCUCAGUGCAUAUGAACGGGCAAGUACUGGAACAUGCUGGGCAUAAAGUGUCAUCAGUCGGGCUCAUCACUGGUUCCUCCAUCACUGCCAGCAUGGUGGCUGUCCACACAGGACGCUGGCUGCUCUCCUCACACACCGUCAAGCACAUAGAAGCUAGCAUGCACGCUUUUGUGGAUGUGAUAAAUUGUAAAGGAUUUGAAAAACCACAGCGGUGGGUGACCUAUGCACAACAACGACAAAGCAGGGAGUGGAAAUACUACAUCGCUGCUGAGGAAAUUGUCUGGGACUAUGCGCCUACCAAGCAAGACCAUAUUGAUGAGGACUUCAAGCGCCAGUACCUGAGUCAGUCACCAACACGCAUAGGUGGGAAGUACAAGAAGGCAGUGUAUACUCAGUACAAAGAUGAGACGUUCACUGAAAGAUCAGAGAACCUGCAGAGGAAAAAUGAGCUGGGUAUUUUGGGCCCAGUGAUCAGAGCGCAAAUCAGAGACAUUAUCACGAUUGUUUUUAAGAACAUGGCCUCCAGACCCUACAGUAUCUACCCGCAUGGACUGACAAUAGAGAAGUCCCAAGAAGGAGUCAACUACCCAAAAGGAGGAAACCAUUCUCAUGGUGUCCAGCCAGGUGAGACACACACCUAUGUGUGGAAAGUGGUCGAAGAGGAUGAGCCUCUGGAGGGAGAUUCCAGAUGUUUGACACGACUUUAUCACAGUGCGGUGAACACACCACGGGACAUCGCCUCUGGACUGAUCGGACCAAUGCUCAUCUGCAAGAGUCAGUCCCUCAAUGUCAGGAAUGUGCAGCUGAAAGCAGACAAAGAGCAGCACGCCAUGUUUGCGGUCUUUGAUGAGAACAAGAGUUGGUAUCUAGAGGAUAACAUUCGCCAAUAUUGUAAUCGAUCUAAAGUCAACAGGGAAGACCCAGAAUUUUAUAAGUCCAAUAUCAAGCACACUGUCAACGGUUACAUCUUUAAGAACGACCCACCCUUGGGCUUCUGCAGUGGUGAGGUUGCAACAUGGCACGUGUCCAGCAUUGGCGCACAGGACUACAUCCAGACAGCUACUUUCUACGGCCACACAUUUGAGCUGAAUGACAGAACAGAGGACUUCCUAAGCCUCUACCCCAUGACUGGAGAGACCAUCACUAUGAACAUGCUCAACACUGGUGUCUGGCUUCUUGCUUCCCUGAAUUCCCAUGAGACAACUAACGGAAUGCGUGUUAAGUUUCGGGAUGUUGAGUGCUUUCGUGACUACCAGUAUGAGUACGAAGAUUCAUUGCCAAAAAAUGAGUUUACUGUGUGGAAGCCCCCAAGCUUGGAGGAAAUCAAAAAGGAAGAGGAGAAGGUAGAUCCAGUUAAAAACCCAUCACUGGAGCCAGAUAUCUACACAGAAAUGUUUGCAGAAGAAUUGAAUCUCAGGUCUCACAAGAACCAGUCUGCUGACUCAGAUAUGGAGAAGUUGGACCUCUCUUUCCUGGAUUACGAUGUUGUUGAUGUCCUUGAAAAAGAUAUGAACAGCACCCUUAAUUUCACAGAGAUAAAGAGUAAACCCGAGACCUCCACUAUAAACCCAGAUGCAUUAACUGAAAUGUGGUUUCUUAUUUUGAAAGUCCUGAAUAUUACAAUAGGUAAUUUGCAGAACCAAAGCACAAGUGAGAAUACAACACAUAUACUGAACAGCAGUACACCAUUGACACAGUCAGUUUUAGACAAUUCCACUCUGUAUCAAACAGAGAACCUAACUGGUUUGAAUAGCCACAAUGUGUCACAAAAGGAUUCCAGUACAACUAGAAAUGGCAGUUUGUCAUCAGAGACUACCAGACCUAACGUAGCAUUGCAAGAGCCAACCAAUCUCACUGCAGCACCAUCAGGAAAUUCAAGUAACAGUUUAGAAAGGGAAAGAAUAAAUGUAACACUGACCACUGAUAACUACACUUCUAUUGAAGAGGUUGUACAGGACUCUGAGGAGAAAUACACUAGAGGGGAUGUGUUCUCUUACUCUGUGCCCCUGUCAAAGCCAAGCAUUAACAAUUUCAACAGUAGCCUAAACAGCAAUUUAUCAGCUGACAAUCUGCUGGAAAAUACAAAACGGGAAGAUGAGACUAACACUGCAGUAAAGUAUGGCAACACGUCAGCAGAGAGAACAAACCAUUCAUUGUCAGUUCUAGAGGUAGAUGUUGAAGAAGUCAGCAGCAACAUUAAAAGGAACAACUUAACCAUCUUGGAGUUGACUAAAAGCACAGAAAAUAAAACCAGUGACAAUAACACUUUUUUGAGCUCAGGAGAGCUAGAGUAUGGACUUCAAAUUAAUCUUGAAGUUGUGACUACUCCAACUAAUUCCAGCUAUAAAAAUGUAACCCAGAUUUUGCUUGAGAAUGAGCAGAAUGUCACAGGGGAUGCAUCCAGAUCAGCUCUAUCAGUGAUGAGCAGUAUGGGGCGUGAGGAGAAUAUCUCAAGUCUCUUUGACAAGUUGACCGACACAUCUUUGGAAAGUCUUUCUAAUCAGACUACAGUUUCAGGUAACCAGUCCCUCAGUUCUGAAGAGCUAGGUUUCUCAGAGAGCAGUGAAGAAGUGUUCAUCUUCCUUAAGGAAAACAAUACAGAGGCUAUUAAAACCAGUUUGGUCAAAAUACAAGGUCACAACUGGACCUACGAAGGAACUUACCAAAUGAUUCCUGAGGAACUUCCAGACCAGUUGAAGAAACACUUUGAGAAGGAAACCCCUCAAACAACACUGCCUCCAAAAAAGAAAGUCAGGGUUGUGAACCGUCGACAGAGACCAGAGAAGGGACAUGGCAUGAAGACAAGGAAAAGAAAGGAAUACAAGCCUCAGGCCCGGAGUGGUUUACCAUUCUCUCCUCGUGGAUUUAAUCCAGGAAUGACUCCUCGUGGGUCACGGCCUCACUCACCAAAGCCCGUCUCGACUGAGGACCACGUUAUUGACAUGCCCGUUGUUAUUGGUGUGCCUCGGCCUGAUUUCAGUGACUAUGAGCUUUAUAUUCCUGGGGGAGAACCAGAUCACCUAGCGCUAGAAGAACAGGAUUUCAAAGCUGAUGAAUACGAGUACGUGAUGUACAAAGACCCUUACAGCGUCGCUGAUGAUAUCAAGAACCUUGACCUUGACGAGACCACAAAAUAUUACUUAAAAAUGUCAGGCCCCAAUGUCAAGACUUAUUUCAUUGCUGCAGAGGAGGUCGAAUGGGAUUAUGCAGGGUAUGGACACAGGAGGCAAGAAAAGCAUGAACUACUCAGCCAAGAAACUAAGUUCACUAAGGUAGUCUUUCGAGGUUACUUGGAUAGUAGCUUCACCACACCCGACAUCCGUGGGGAGAUAGACGAGCAUCUCGGCAUCCUGGGGCCAGUCAUCAAAGCAGAGGUUGGACAAAGCAUCAUGGUGGUGUUCAGGAACAAUGCCAACCGUCCAUAUUCAAUACACCCCAAUGGGGUGUCCUAUACCAAGCGGACAGAAGGCCUCUCCUAUGAGGAUGAAUCCCAUUACUGGUUCAAAUAUGACAAUGAGGUUAAACCCAAUAGCACCUUUACUUAUUUGUGGAAAGUCGGGCAUACAGUUGGGCCAAAACCAGAAGAGUCUGACUGCCGAACCUGGGCCUACUAUUCAGGCGUAAAUCCUGAAAGGGAUAUCCACUCAGGCUUGAUUGGGCCUUUGCUGGUGUGUCGAGAGGGAACCUUGGACACGAAAUUAACAGAUAGGAGAGAAUUCACACUACUUUUCAUGACUUUUGAUGAGUCACGGAGCUGGUACUAUGAGAAGAACUCUGAGAUAAUGCAAAGAAAAAGGCGAAGGAGAAUCAUGGAUCACACCUUCAAGGAGAACCUAAAGUUCCAUUCAAUCAAUGGAAUUAUACACAGCCUGAAGGGCCUGAGGAUGUAUACCAACCAGCUUGUGACCUGGCACCUCAUCAACAUGGGUUCUCCCAAUGAUUUUCAUAGUGUCCACUUUCAUGGGCAGACAUUUAUACACAAGAAGAGCACCAGCUACAGACAGGCUGUCUACCCACUGCUGCCUGGGGGUUUUGCUACCCUGGAGAUGUAUCCAUCCAAACCUGGCCUCUGGCAGCUGGAGACAGAAGUUGGCCUUAGCCAACAGAAGGGCAUGCAGACACUCUUUUUGGUUCUGGAUAAUGACUGCUAUCGUCCACUGGGUCUAGAAUCGGGCAGUGUGAAGAAUGGAGAGAUCACAGGAAUCAACACUAGAGGAUACUGGGAGCCCCAUCUUGCCAGAUUGAACAAUCAGGGUAAAUACAAUGCAUGGAGCACAGACAAGAACAACAGCUUUAUUCAGGUAGACUUCCAGCGGCCAGUUGUGAUCAGCCAGGUGGCAACUCAGGGAGCCAAGCAAAUGUUCUACUCCCAGUAUGUGGUCAAAUAUUUGAUCUCCUACAGCAACGACCGCCGGAAGUGGAUCUUUUAUAAAGGCGACAGCAAAGGCUUUAGAAAGGUAUUCACUGGUAACCAGGAAGCCUAUGAGACAAAGACAAAUAUUUUCUUCCCUCCCGUGAUUGGACGAUUCAUUAGGCUUCACCCCAUUGAAUGGUACAACAUGGCAACAGUCCGCAUGGAGUACUUUGGCUGUGAGCUUGAUGGCUGCUCAGUGCCUCUUGGGAUGGAAAGUGAAGCUAUAGGGGACAUUUACAUCACAGCCAGCUCUACAGCCACUAGCUGGUACAAUGGACCCUGGAAACCAUCACUCGCACGCCUCAACAGACAAGGUGCCGUCAACGCAUGGCGGGCUAUGUAUAACAACAUGGACCAGUGGCUUCAGGUAGAACUGCCUCAGAUUAAAAAGAUCACAGGUGUCAUAACCCAGGGAGCCAAGUCUCUGGGGAAGGAGAUGUAUGUCAUGUCCUACAUUUUGCAGUACAGUGACAAUGGGAUAGAGUGGAAAGAGUACACGGAUAGUGAGAAUGAGCCUGCCAGGGUUUUUGUGGGAAAUACAAAUAACAACGGCCACGCCAGGAACUACAUCUACCCUCCCAUUUUCUCCCGCUUUAUCCGAGUCAUCCCCAAAAGCUGGAUGACCUCCAUCACCAUGAGAAUUGAGCUGCUUGGAUGUGACUUUGAGUGAUAAUAGAUAAUAGAUCAUACAGGUCAGCUCAAGCAUGCUCAUGAAUAUGCAAAUAAAUGGACAUGAAGCUGAAAAGGUAACAUAACAUAGAAAUACCAAAUCACAGCUAACAUGAAAAAACUCACACAUGUUUGUUUGCCAAAUUUGUUUUGUAGCUUGAGUAACUCAGUGAAUUGUCACUUGUCACUAUGAUUUUUGAUUUUUUGGAAGUUGCAAUCAAAGUAGUAAAAAGUAGUAAAAAUGUAAUAAGUAGGAUUUGUGUGUUUUUGAAAUACUAGUUGUAUUUUCAAGUUUAUAUGCAGUAUUUUAU